AAAUACAAACUUCAUACAAUUUUCAAGCUUACGAAAGCAUUUCAAUAUUUUACAAAAAAAAUACGUAUAUUUUUUCAAAUGUUUACAAAUUUAGCACACUUACGCGCAUCAGUAUUGAUUACGCAACGAAUUUCACGACGACUUGGUACGAGACCCUACCGCGUGCUCUCUCGCGUGGGUUUUGCAAAUGCAGACUUCCAUACACAGACUUGUCUAACGUCCAAAGCCAAAGCCAAAUGUCCGGAGGGUACACUCUCAAAGGACCCACCCGAAAUCACGAAAAAACUCGCACAGCAUGCUUGUUGUAAAUGUAAGUGCUGUGUGGUGCCAACCAUCGUAACCAAAACGGCGAAAAAACACUGGAAACGCAAUAAAGAGCGCAAUCCAACGGGUGACUUAUUUCUACUCAAUAACUUUGAUGACAUCAAGCAUACAACGCUCUCGGAACGUGGAGCGCUUAAAGAGGCGGCACGUUGCCUCAAAUGUGCCGAUGCGCCUUGUCAGAAGUCCUGUCCCACACAGAUCGACAUCAAGAGCUUCAUCACAAGUAUUGCUAAUAAGAAUUAUUAUGGCGCUGCAAAGAUAAUAUUCUCCGACAAUCCUUUGGGUCUCUCUUGCGGCAUGGUGUGCUCCACCAGCGAUCUCUGUGUUGGUGGCUGUAAUUUGCAAGCUACCGAAGAGGGCCCCAUCAAUAUUAGUGGCCUGCAGCAUUUCGCCGUCGAACGUUUCAAGGAAAUGGGUGUGCGUCAAAUACAUCCACCCAAUGUGAAGAAGUUAAAAGAUCCCAACAAGAAGAUUGCUCUAAUUGGUGGUGGACCGGCUUCGCUAUCGUGCGCUACAUACUUGGCGCGUUUGGGUUAUAAGGAUGUGACGAUCUAUGAGAAAAGCUCUUAUCUUGGUGGCUUGAGCGCAUCGGAGAUACCACAAUUUCGUUUACCUGUGGACGCAGUCAAUUUCGAGAUACAACUUGUUAAGGAUUUAGGUGUGAAGUUUGAGUUGAAUCGUUGUUUGUCCACCAAGGACUUAACGGUUGAAUGUUUACUCAAAGAUGGACAUCAGGCAGUUUUCUUAGGCUUUGGCUUACCCGAAGCAAACAUAGAUCCGGUUUUCUGUGGUUUAGACGAAUCCAAGGGAUUUUAUACAUCGAAAACGUUUCUUCCCUGCGUGUCAGGUGGCUCCAAACAAGGUAUUAGCAAGGAAAGCAAACUGCCCAAAUUGUCGGGCAAUGUGAUUGUGUUGGGCGCUGGAGACACAGCCUUCGAUUGUGCGUCAUCCGCUUGGCGUUGUGGUGCACAACGUGUGCUUGUCGUGUUUCUGCAUAGUACCGCGAUGAUACCCGCACUACCCGAAGAGAUUGAGUUGGCGCGUGAAGAGUGGUGUGAGUUGGUACCAUACUCGAAAGCCAGCAAGGUGAUCUUAGAGGAUGAUAAGAUUUGCUCUGUCGAAUUCAUACGCACCGAUAUGGACAUAGAUGGCAAAAUUAGUGAAGACAAGGAGCAGAAAACAUAUCUACCAGCCAAUUUCGUCAUAUCCGCCUUUGGUUCGGGGCUCAAUGAGCAGGAAGUAAUUGAUGCCAUGAAGCCGUUGAAACUCGACAAAAAGAAUCUACCAAAAGUCGAUUCGAAAACUCUACAAACCAGCGUACCGCAAGUGUUUUGUGGUGGUGACUUAGGCGGUUACGCCAAGACGACUGUGGAGUCGGUGAAUGAUGGUAAAGUUGCUGCUUGGAGUAUGCAUUGCCAGCUCGAAGGUCUACCCCUGGACACGCCAGCCGAUUUGCCGCUUUUCUACACUGACAUCGAUAAUGUAGACUUGUCGGUUGAUGUUUGCUACCAGUAUCUUGAUCGUAAAACUUGCAAAAAAGAGAUGCGCGCACUCAAGUUACCAAAUCCAUUUGGUUUAUCUUCCGCGCCGCCCACAACAACGGCUGCUAUGUGUCGUCGCGCUUUCGAACAGGGUUGGGGUUUUGUUGUUGUGAAGACAUUCUGCCUCGACAAAGAUAUGGUGACCAAUGUCUCACCACGCAUAGUACGUGCCACGACAUCUGGCUACAACUAUGGACCAAAUCAGGGUGGUUUCCUCAACAUCGAAUUGAUCUCGGAGAAACGUGCCGAUUACUGGUACAAGACUAUAGCUGAACUGAAAAAAGAUUUUCCCGACAGAGUUGUUAUUGCGAGCAUAAUGUGUCCGGCUAUUGAAGAAGACUGGAAGGAUAUGGCACCAAAGGCAGAGAAGAGCGGUGCAGACGCUAUAGAGCUAAAUCUAUCUUGCCCACAUGGCAUGGGUGAGUCCGGUAUGGGUUUGGCCAUUGGUCAAGUGCCAGAACAAGUAGAGAAAGUUUCAAAAUGGGUCAGCGAAUGUGUUAGUGUACCGGUUUUCGUCAAAUUGACACCGAACAUCACCGAAAUAGUUGAUAUCGCAUCGGCUGUAAAACGCGGUGGCGCAGCUGGCGUAACCGUCAUAAAUACCGUACAGACGCUGAUGAUGCUAAAAGCGGACGGCACAGCUUGGCCAGCUGUAGGCAAUGAGAAGCGCACCACAUACGGUGGCAUGUCGGGCAAUGCAACACGUCCGAUAGCGUUAAGAGCCAUCUCGUCGAUCGGUAGUAAAGUACCAGGCUUGGCAAUACUCGGAUGUGGCGGUAUUGACUCUGGUGAUGCAGCAUUACAAUUUCUACAUGCGGGCGCCUCAGGUCUACAAGUAUGUUCAGCCGUGCAGAAUCAAGAUUAUACUGUGGUGCAGGAUUACAAGAGUAGUUUGCAAGCUUUGUUAUACCUGAAAGCGAAUCCGCCACCAAAAAAUCCCGAAUUAUGGGAUGGUCAAUCGCCGCCAACUCCAGUACAUCAGAAGGGCAAACCUGUAGCGCAUAUAUCUGCCGGCGGCGACAAGACUUUGGGCUACUUUGGUCCGUAUCAACAACAGCGAGAACAGAAACUAUUCAAAGAACGCAAAGAGAAGGGUCCACUUGCACAGGAUGAUUGUAAGUCAACCGAUAAAAAGAAAGCUGGCGGCGGUAAACCGAAGCCGGCAUUGGAAGUAAACGAUGUUGUCGGCAAGGCACUCAGUCGCAUUGGCACUUUUAAAGAGCUCGACACCAAACAACAGAAAGUGGCACUAAUUAACCCAGAUCUUUGCGUAAAUUGUGGCAAAUGCUAUCUCACAUGCAAUGACUGUGGCUACCAGGCUAUAGAGUUCGAUGCCAAGACGCAUAUACCGCUGAUUGGCGAGGACUGCACGGGUUGCACACUUUGCGUCUCUGUGUGCCCCAUUAUCGAUUGCAUCACUAUGGUGCCCAAAGAAAUACCACACGUCAUCAAGCGCGGUUGUGGUGAGAACACGGUCAUUGAAGUUCCGAAAAAGAAAUCGUAAUACCCAAUCUACAUUUAUUCAUAUAUUCAUUUAUCAUAUAAUCUUUUUAUGAAAUAUAAUACUUUCGUUUUGUAA